AUGGUGUCUGCUGCCCGGACCUAGAAAAAGUCAACCCCAUGGGAGUGACGUCAGCCAAGGGCAAGGGUCUUCAUAAACGCUAGGUAUUCAUCAAUCUGGGACUGGGUCAACGAGGGCCUCAGGCAGGCCCUGGCGGCCCAGAAGUGGCGGCCGGAGACAGAGCCCGCCGAGGGGUCCUCUCUGAGGGCCAGCAUGCCCGCCUCCCUGCAGAGGCCUUCAAGGUCAGCGCCGGUGAACAGCUCCGCUCCCUCGGCGAUCUGCUCGAGAUCCACGUCCUUCGCCAGCUCCAUCCGCCGUGUGUGGACCCGCAAGAUCUCCCGGCGGCCCUCUAA